UACAAAUUUGUAAAAACAUCUAUCUAUAACAUCUAUCUAUAACAUGUUUAGUUUAUGAUGUAUUAUGGUUCGUACAAAUAAUGGCUAGUCGAAAAGAUAUUUUGAAUCUUUAUCGAAACUUAAUUCGAGAAACUAAAAAAUGGAAUCUUUAUAAUUUUCGGAUGUAUACUUUACGUAAAAUUCGAUAUGAGUUUCAACAAAAUAAAACGGUACAAGAUAAAAAGAAGAUUAAUGAAUAUUACAAUAAAGGACUGGAAAAUCUUGAGAUUAUUAAGAGACAAGUAAUAAUUGGGAAUCUUUACCAUUUUAAACCAUUAAUUAUUGAAAAUAUUAAAAAAAAAGAUAAUUUAAAUAAAAAUUUAAAUUAAAUGCAAAAAUUUGUAAUUAGUAUUGAAGGAAUGUCUGCAAGAAUAAAUAUAUAAAUAUAAAAAAUAAUUUUUUAAUAAUUAAGAAUUAAUUAUUGUAAUUAUAAUUAUAUAUAUUU